GAAACUGAACUCCAGAGACACUCCUGAAAUUGUUGUAAGUUGAAGGAACCAGAGUCCACAAGUUCUCCCUCCACCUCCCUUUUCAGCAACAGCCAUGGCCCUGAAUGAUGUUGAUGUACAGAAGCAGAUUAAGCACAUGAUGGCUUUCAUUGAGCAGGAAGCCAACGAGAAGACAGAAGAAAUAGAUGCAAAAGCUGAAGAAGAGUUCAACAUUGAGAAAGGACGGCUUGUGCAAACCCAACGACUGAAGAUAAUGGAAUAUUAUGAAAAGAAAGAGAAGCAGAUAGAACAGCAGAAGAAAAUCCAGAUGUCCACCCUGAGGAACCAAGCAAGGCUUAAAGUUCUGAUUGCCCGAAAUGACCUCAUCUCAGAGUUGCUGCAUGAUGCAAAACUGAGACUCAGCAGGAUUGUGGCAGACCCAGAAAGGUACCAGGAGUUACUGGAUAAACUAGUAUUGCAGGGUCUGCUCCGAUUGCUGGAACCCAUUGUGAUUAUACGCUGCAGGCCUCAGGACCUCCUUCCAGUGGAGGCUGCAGUGCAAAAAGCUAUCCCUGAAUACAUGAUAAUCUCCCAAAAAUAUGUGGAAGUCCAAGUUGAUCAAGAGGUGUACUUGGCUACAAAUGCAGCUGGAGGUGUGGACAUGUACAGUGGAGAUCAGAGAAUAAAAGUUUCCAAUACUUUGGAAAGUAGACUGGAUCUCUUAGCCCAGCAAAAGAUGCCAGACAUACGAAAAGCCUUGUUUGGUGCCAAUGCCAACAGGAAGUUUUUUAUAUAGCCUCUGGAAAGUAAAGCUCCUAUCUGGGCCUCAUCUGUGAAAUGAGUGUGGGGCACAUGUGCCUGAUCAGCAUAAAUUAUUUGGGCAAUGGAAACCAGCAAUAUUUCCUCCUAUUUGUUGCUCUAAUAUUAUUCUGUCUUCUUUCACGACAUAUCCUUUAAAUUAUAGACAUUAUACUUUAGAUCUGACUUAAUGCUUAGAAAUCUAAUUCAACUCCACUCAUAUAUACCACAACUUCUGAUCAGUUCUGAAAUUUGGGUUGAAGGGGUCUUCAGGUGAGAUGUGGAUGGAAUUCUUGGUCUAUAG